AUGAAUGAAUCAAACAAUAAUAUUGAAAACUUAACUCAUAAUAUAGAUAGUUUAAAUGUUGAUCAAGAUAAAUUUGUUACAGCGCUUGAUGAUGAAUCAACAAUAUCAAACAACAAAGACAACAAUGUAAAAAAUGUAAAUUUAGAGUUUCAAGAACAAGACAAAAUGAAUAUAGAUUCCGAUAAACAUUUAGAUGCAAAUAACAUUAACAACGACAACAACAAUAACAAUAAUAAUGAUAAUGAUAAACAUUUAGAUAAUAACAAUAAUAAUAAUAUACCAACUAGAACACAUGAAUUCGACUGUAAACCAAGAACAUCAAUCGUUGACAUUGUAUUGGUUUGUAAAAGUUGGUUCAAUGUGAUUUCCAAAUCACUAUGUCAUCUCGAUGUGAAAUUCAGUGAUACUCUUGCCAUUGAAGAUUUCGUGAUGACAAUACAACCUACACACAUCAGCAAAGCCAAGCCACCAAUUGGUCCUGAAGUAAAUAACAUUAAAUCUUUGGUGAUCCGUGAUAUCUACCCAUGGAGAAAGAGCUUCGAUACGUUCCUAGAUAAUAUACUGAACAAUGGUGUUUUAGAAACAGUUACAUUGAUGUCAGAGAUCGUCUUGCUGGAACACUUCAUCAACAAACAUAAGACAGCAAACAGAUUCAACUUGUUAGAGACUAUAGUAGAUUUAGAUAGUAAUAUAGAUAGUAAAGUUGCAAUUAGUCAUUUGAAAAUGAUAGAGAAAGAAUCAACUCAAUUGGAUAAGCCAACGAUUCAACUCAAUUGUCUUUUCGAUUUAAAUGAUAACAAUUUCAGUCUAAAAGGAUUAACUACCAUUUACAAAUUGGAACUUACCAACGUUUCAAUUAAGAAUCUUACAUCAAUUCUCCAACUAAGGAUGUCAAGUUUGAAUGUAUUGAAAUUCAAGCUGGCAGAUCAUGGAACCGAUUACUCUGAUCUCUAUUAUGAACAAUUCAAUCAACUAUUCCAAGCACUGAAAGAUGAUAAACAUAUUGAAUCACUAUCAAUCGAUGGAAAUCUAAAUGAUAGUCUAUCAACUGUACCUCAAGAACCAAUUACUAAAAUGUUUGGUAAUCUUCUGUUGGAAAAUCAAACAUUGACAAGAUUAAAGUUGAAUCAUUUCUACAAUUUAAAUCAGCAAUUCUACUCGUCGUUAAGAAAGGUCUCUCUGAGAUAUCUCUCUUUAAUGAUGUUAAAUAGAGAACAUGCAAAGUUGUUGAUAACAUCAUUAAUUGACAAUCAAUCAAUAUAUAUGUUAUCAUUGAAACACCAUUACACAAUGACAGAGACGGAGCUUGAAAUUUCAAUUGCAGAUCUAAUUGUUUUAUCUCAUUUGGAUUCAUUUGUAAUUGGAAAUUCAAAUAACACAGAUGAAUCAGUUCAACCAAAUUCCGUGGUUGGCUAUAAUAUCGAUUUUAAUUAUUUGAAGUCCAUUGUAACGCCAGUCCUUUACAGAGAAUUCAAAAAUGAUUUUCCAUUCCAGUUAAAGAAAAUGUUGAAAGAGACAUUGGAAUUUGUCAAGAAGAAUGGUCAGAUCAAUCAAUUCAAUGUACAAAUGAGAUUGCUAAUUUCAGUCUCCAAAACAAUUAUAUUCGAUUUAUUCAACCAAAAACUAUCAAACUUUUUCAAAUUGGAGAUGGUUCCACUUUUUGCACGUCCAUAUUGUGCAUCGAUCAAGGCACUCUAUACCAAGCACUCUGUAGUUACUAUUAUGGAUUGCAAAUCACUUAUUGGUCGCAAUGAAAUCGAAAUCAUUCAUGGUGAUAAGACUGGUCCACUCUUGACACUCGCCAAAUUCCUUUUGCAAAACGAACGUUCACUCUCUCACAUUGAUGCCAUUCCAUCAUCGAAUAUCGGUCUCCAAACCAAUUCCAUAGCCAACUUUUUGUCAUUCCGACUUUUGACUUCACUCUUUGAAGUUAGAAAUAAUUUGAAGCUCAACGAAUUCAAAAUUACAUUGAAAAGAUUCCAUAAGAAUGAAUUAGAGAACAGACAACAAUCGACAUCACAUUUAGAACACCAACAGAAUGAACAUCAUCACUUGAUUCACCAAAUCAAUACAAACAGUAGUUUUGCAAUUAAAUAUGCCAAUGCUCACUUGGAAUAUCAGGUGCUAAAGUGUAUCACUGAAUUCCCAGAAUCUACCAACCUCCCCAUAUUGAACUAUCUUAUUCUUCUUGACACUGUAGUAAAGAUUCACGAUGAUUUGGGCUGGAUUCUAGCGAAUCGAUUAGUAUCGAAUCAUAUUGCAGAGUCAAUUCCAAUCCUCAUCAACGAUUUAGUUAACAAACUAUCACCAUUUCUUUCGAAUUUGAUUGGUCUAUUUUAA